AUGGAUUCUCCUCGCGAGUCUGGGGGCGACACUGGCAAGUCUGCCGCAAACCCAGUCGGGUUUCGUCCACAGAACGGUGGUGUUAUCAAGGUGCAGCCACCGCGACGGGAGGACUUGCAACCCUCUUACGCGCAAACUCUACAAGACAAUCAGGAGGACGUUCAUGGCUGGUAUGGUUCUAUGAUCAGUACCUUGGGAGAUUGCAUCGGUUGCCUGGGCGCCAUUCCGUGCUGCAUCAUCUGUCCCAAUCCCUACAAGCCUGUCUCGCAAGGAAACGUCGGUCUGGUCACCAAGUUUGGUCGUUUCGCGCGCGCCGUCGAUCCCGGUUUGGUGAAAGUCAAUCCUCUUUCCGAACGCCUCAUUCAGGUUGAUGUGAAGAUACAAAUCGUUGAGGUGCCUCGACAGGUCUGUAUGACCAAAGACAACGUCACAUUAAAUUUGACUUCAGUCAUUUACUACCACAUUACGUCUCCCCACAAAGCCGCCUUUGGGAUCUCCAAUAUUCGUCAGGCCUUGGUGGAACGUACUCAGACCACCCUUCGUCACGUGGUGGGUGCCCGCGUGCUUCAGGAUGUGAUUGAACGACGUGAAGAAAUCGCUCAGUCCAUUGGAGAGAUCAUUGAGGAAGUUGCCGCCGGCUGGGGUGUCCAGGUCGAAUCCAUGCUCAUCAAGGACAUCAUCUUCAGCAACGAUCUCCAAGACUCGUUGUCGAUGGCGGCUCAAUCUAAGAGAAUCGGUGAAUCCAAGGUCAUCGCUGCGCGUGCAGAGGUUGAAUCGGCCAAACUUAUGAGACAAGCGGCCGAUAUUUUGAGCUCUGCACCUGCUAUGCAGAUCCGGUAUCUCGAGGCCAUGCAAGCCAUGGCCAAGACGGCCAAUAGCAAGGUCAUUUUCUUACCAGCAGCCAACCAGACCAUACCCACAGACAUGAACUCCAUGCUGCAAAACCAGACCACUGGCGAGGGUAGUGGUUACAAUUCCAAGUCCAACACUGGCAAUGCUUUCAACAUGGACAGCAACGACGGCUUCCAGCAGGCCAUGAACGCCCGAGUUAUCGAAAACAUCUAA